UCUUCAAACAAAAAACCUUGGGACAACCUUCUGUAUCAACUCCUUUCAGAGCCUCUUCAGAACUUGAAGAUGCACAGAAAAGUUGUAACACGUACAUGGAGGAUAUAUAUAUGGAAAUGGUGAGAAAGCUAAGGUUUCUAGUGAAGAGUCUGGAAAACCAAUCAUUAUGAGUGGAGAAACAAAUGUAGCUGUUGCUGAGAAGAUUUCUAAUGGAGGAGUUGGUUCUACGGAAAAUGAAGUGGCAAUGGAUAGCAGCAUUGGGCAGUCAUUGGCAAUUUGGGCAGACAGUCUAACUAAUAUUAGCAUAGGAGGCCUGCUGUCAGAAGCAUCAUUGCAGGGCAGGUUUGGUAAUUGUGAUCCAAAAUCAAAUGGGAUCACUUCAGGGUCAUCUCAGUUAAUCUCUGAUUCCUUUGAUGCUUUCCUUGCUGGUCAAAUGAAUCCCUUUAAAAAUCAAAGACCGCCAGUUCAGGACUUACAUUCCUCAAUUUUAGAUGCUGAUGAUACAUGCCAUGCAUUUCCAUUCCAAAAGUUUUCUUCAUUGGGUAAAAAUGCUAUAGCUUCUGGUGGAAGUGCUUAUUCUCAUGCCUGCAGUCAGGACACCAGUUCUAAGUCAUUCAAGCACCCCCAUCCAACAGAGGCCAAUACUCAAUUACAAGUCCAGGCUUGUCAACAGUCAGACACAGACUUGAUACUUUGUUCGCGAGUAUAUAACAAUGAAAGCAGUCUGGGGCUCUCAGAUAUUAAAUGGACGGAGUCUUUGGGACCCUUUGAUCUGGGCUUGUCUUCUUCCGGCAAAGUUAUAAGUGCAAGUGAGAUUAGCAUCGAUGGCAUUAUCAAGUAGUAGGUUCCUGAACAAGAUAUAAAUAAACAGGACACAGUUACACAGAUUAUAUGGAGGGAAAAGGAGCAAAGGCAAUGCCUUUAAUUUAUGGCAUAAACGUUCUCGACUUGUCUUCUUUAUAAAUUGCUAUCUUGUAAAUUUGCUUUUGGUUGUGUAUAUGAAGGUCAGAAACACCAUGGA